AGGAAAUCAGCAACUCUUGAAUCUUAUCCAGUAUGAUUUUCACAAAGCUAACCAGUUCUGGAUAUUUGCUUCCAAACAAAUACAUGAACAUGGGGGAUAUGAAGACUCCCGACUUUGACGACCUUCUUGCAGCCUUUGACAUCCCAGACAUGGUUGAUCCUAAAGCAGCUAUUGAGUCUGGACAUGAUGAUCAUGAAAACCACAUAAAACAGAAUGCUCACACAGAUGAAGAUUCUCAUGUGCCAUCAUCAUCAGAUGUUGGUGUGAGCGUCAUUGUGAAAAAUGUACGUAAUAUUGAUUCUUCUGAAGGAGUGGAUAAGGAUGGCCACCAUUCCACAGGCAAUGGCUUACAUAAUGGUUUUCUAACAGCAUCUACUCUUGAAAGUUAUGGUAAAGAUGAAGGGAAGUGUCUGAAAGAGGAGGGGUCAGCCUCUGAGGGUACUCUGAAAGACUCAGCUUUCAACCAGUUCAGCCCAAUCUCAAGUGCUGAAGAAUUUGAUGAUGAUGAAAAAAUAGAAGUGGAUGAUCCUCCAGAUAAAGAAGAGAUGCAUGCAAAUUUCAGAGCAAAUGUGUUAACAGGAUCAGUUUCUCAGCAGGAAUAUGACAAACUAAAGAUGCUUGGAGGGGAAAACUUGAUUAAACCUGGAAUUCCAGUUUCAAGUAAUGUUGAUAAAAACAAAGGUGUUAAAAGAGAAACAGAAACAAACUCCGUGAAUUUAAGUGUCUAUGAACCAUUCAAAGCCCGAAAAAUAGAGGACAAAUUGCUAAAAGACAAUUCUGAAAACAGGGUACUUGAUGGAAAACUAGGUACUGAAAAAGGUGAAACAAAUCUUGCUAGCAUUUCACAGUCCAAAGCAAAGUCAUCAGCAAAGCUUUCUUCAUGCAUUGCUGCAAUUGCAGCACUGAGUGCUAAAAAGGCAGCUACAGAUACUAGUAACGAAUUACAAUCUACUUCAAGAGAAUCUUCUCCAUUACCAAAAGACAUGAAUGAAAGUCCCCGGGCUAUUGAGAAAUCACCUGAAUCUCAGAGUCUUAUUGAUGGUGCUAAAAAACCAUCUAUAAAACAACCCGAUAGUCCCCGAAGUGUAUCAAGUGAAAACAGCAGCAAAGGGUCUCCAUCUUCUCCUGCAGGGUCAACGCCAGCCAUUCCAAAAGUUCGCAUAAAAACCAUCAAGACUUCCUCUGGGGAAAUCAAGAGAACAGUUACAAGGGUGUUGCCAGAAGUUGAUUUGGACUCUGGUAAAAAGCCAGAGCAAACUGCUUCCAUGGUAGCUUCCAUGACAUCUCUCCUGUCCUCUCCAACUUCUGCUGCUGUUCUUUCUUCUCCUCCUAGGACACCUCUCCAGUCAGCAGUUGUCACUAAUGCAGUUGCAUCUGCAGAACUUGCACCAAAACAGGUCACUAUUAAACCUGUGGCUACUGCCUUUCUCCCAGUUUCAGCAGUUAAAACAGCAGGUUCACAAGUUAUUAAUCUGAAGCUUGCUAACAAUACUACAGUGAAAGCCACUGUAAUAUCUGCUGCUUCUGUGCAAAGUGCCAGUAGUGCCAUUAUUAAAGCUGCUAAUGCUAUACAGCAGCAGACUGUUGUGGUGCCAGCAUCAAGCCUUGCCAGUGCUAAACUUGUGCCAAAGACAGUCCAUCUUGCCAACCUUAAUCUUCUGCCUCAAGGUGCUCAAACCACCUCUGAACUCCGCCAAGUGCUAACAAAACCUCAGCAACAAAUAAAGCAGGCAAUAAUUUCUGCAGCAGCCUCACAGCCUUCUAAAAAAGUGUCACGAGUCCAGGUGGUAUCAUCUCUGCAGAGUUCUGUAGUGGAAGCCUUCAAUAAGGUGCUGAGUAGUGUUAAUCCCGUCCCAGUUUACGUCCCAAACCUCAGUCCUCCUGCCAAUGCAGGUAUAACAUUACCAACACGUGGUUACAAGUGUUUGGAAUGUGGUGAUUCGUUUGCUCUCGAAAAGAGUCUGACACAGCAUUAUGAUAGGAGGAGUGUGCGAAUUGAAGUGACAUGUAACCAUUGUACAAAAAAUUUAGUUUUCUACAAUAAAUGCAGUCUUCUUUCCCAUGCUCGUGGACAUAAGGAAAAAGGAGUUGUAAUGCAGUGCUCCCAUUUGAUUUUAAAACCAGUCCCAGCAGAUCAAAUGAUAGCGUCUCCUUCAAGCAAUACUGUUGCAUCUUCUACUCUUCAAAGCCCUAUGGGAGUUGGCACACAUACUGUAACCAAGAUACAGUCUGGCAUAACUGGAACAGUAAUAUCAGCCCCAGCAAGUACACCUAUCAUUCCAGCUAUGCCUCUAGAUGAAGAUCCAUCAAAACUCUGUAGACAUAGUCUAAAGUGUUUGGAGUGCAAUGAAGUUUUCCAAGAUGAGACAUCUCUUGCUACACAUUUCCAGCAGGCUGCAGACACAAGUGGACAAAAGACUUGCAAUAUCUGCCAGAUGCUGCUUCCUAACCAGUGCAGUUUUGCAUCACACCAGAGAAUUCAUCAGCAUAAAUCUCCAUAUACGUGUCCUGAAUGUGGAGCAAUCUGCAGAUCGGUCCACUUCCAGACCCACGUCACUAAGAACUGCCUACAUUACACACGAAGAGUUGGUUUUCGCUGUGUACAUUGCAAUGUUGUGUACUCUGAUGUGGCUGCACUCAAGUCUCACAUUCAAGGUUCUCACUGUGAAGUCUUCUACAAGUGUCCUAUCUGUCCCAUGGCAUUUAAAUCUGCACCCAGCACACAUUCCCAUGCCUAUACACAACACCCUGGUAUCAAGAUAGGAGAACCAAAAAUAAUAUAUAAAUGUUCCAUGUGUGACACUGUGUUUACCCUGCAACCCUUGCUGUAUCGCCACUUUGAUCAACACAUUGAAAACCAGAAGGUGUCUGUUUUCAAGUGUCCGGACUGUUCUCUUUUAUAUGCACAGAAGCAACUUAUGAUGGAUCAUAUCAAGUCUAUGCAUGGAACAUUGAAAAGUGUUGAGGGGCCACCAAACUUGGGUAUAAAUUUGCUCCUGAGCACUAAACCCACAACUCAAAACUCAGCCAGUCACAACAAAGAGGAUACAAAAUCCAUCAACGGAACAGAAAAGUUGGAGAAGAAAUCUCCCUCUCCAAUAAAGAAAGCAGAGCCCAAAAAAAUAACCAACCCUGGCUGGACGUGCUGGGAAUGCGAUCGACUCUUCACUCAGAGAGAUGUGUACAUAUCCCACAUGAGGAAGGAGCAUGGAAAGGUUAGAAAAACCUUCCGUACAUCUGUUUCUGGACAGAUCGAGCAUUCCUUCAAUCUUGGCGAACACCUCUCCUUAGAAAAAGGAAGAUUUUGGAGGCUUCAGCUAAGGUUUCUAAAAAGAGGAGUGCAGGCUCUCAUCGUAAGAAGCCAGCUCCACAAAAGCCCAGGUCCUCUUCGAGAUUUACGGCACUGCCCGGAUUCAAGACGCACUUUUACUAAGCGGCUGAUGUUAGAAAAACAUAUUCAGUUGAUGCAUGGCAUUAAAGACCCUGAUGUGAAAGAAAUGACAGAAUCAACCAAUAUAGAAGAAAGUGAAGUAAAAGAAGACACAAAG